AGUCCCCGCCUGGGGCGAAGAGAAUGAGACCACCCCCCGCCCUGUUGUGCUCGUUAGAGACCACCCAGGCAGCUCCCUCCCAGUGUGUCAUCUGGAAACAGGAUUAUCUUUCACUUCCUGACCGUGCUGGGUUCCUGUCUACACAGCUGGGGUGUAAACUACCUAGAAAAUGUGGGGGGAAUUGAAAUAGUUAGUUACUUGCUGAUCAACAUUAAACUUCGUUUAUUUCUUUAAGAAUCAAAUGGGUAUUGUGUAGAAUUUAGUUAGCACCUAACAAAAUCUUGCAUCUGAAGAAGUGAGGUUCUUACCCACGAAAGCUUAUGCUCCCAAUACUUCUGUAUAUACUUCUCAAAGGUGCCACAGGACCCUCUGUUGCUUUUUACAGAUUCAGACUAACAUGGCUAUUAAGGACUGGGAAUGGCUGAGCCAUUACAAACACUGAAUCUAUCUCCCCUUCCGCACUGUAGGAUGACGGCCCCAGGGAAGCUGCGGGUGGCAGUGAUCGGGGCAGGAGCAGCCGGGCUGUGUGCAGCCCGUCACAUCGCUGCCCGCCCCGAGUCCUUUGCGCCCCCCGUGGUGUUCGAGGCGUCCAGCCGCAUCGGGGGCACCUGGGUCUAUACCGAAGAGACAGGGCAGAGACCGGAUGGGCUCCCCGUCCACUCCAGCAUGUACCGGGACCUCAGGACAAACCUGCCCAAGGAGGUGAUGGCGUUCCCAGACUUCCCCUUCGACCCCUCCCUGCCGUCCUUCCUGCACCACUCGGACGUGCUGGCCUAUCUGGAGAGCUACACCGACCACUUCCGCGUCCGAGAGCACGUCAGGUUCUCGUGGCUGGUGGAAGCCGUGAGCCCGACCGAGGGCACCGAGGGCAGCUGGGACGUCACCGCCUGCUGGGCCCAGGACCGGAUGGUGCAGGCGACCGAGCGCUUCGAUGCUGUAAUUGUCUGCAGCGGUCACUACUCUGACCCAUUCGUCCCCCCCAUCCCUGGCCUCGAGACCUUCCCAGGCCGGCUGCUGCACAGCCACGAAUACCGCUGCCCGGAGCCCUUUGCGGGCCGCACCGUGGUGCUGCUGGGGGCCGGCCCGUCCGGCGUGGACCUGACGCUGCAGCUGGCCCCCGUGGCCCAGCGGGUGAUCCUGAGCCACCGGCAGCCCACGCUGUCCGCGCUGCCUGGGAACGUGCUGCAGGCAGCGCCGGCGGUGGGCGUAGCGGGAGACACGGUCCAGUUCGGGGACGGCGCCGAGCACAGGGCCGACGUCCUCAUCCUCUGCACCGGGUACCGUUACCGCUUCCCCUUCCUGUCGCCCGCCCGCCUGGGCCUGCGGAUCACGGACCACACGGUGACGCCGCUGUACCGGCACCUGCUGCCGCCGCACCAUCCCAGUCUCUUCUUCAUCGGGCUCUGCAAGCAGAUCUGCCCCUUCCCACACUUCCACUGCCAGUUGCUCUUCUGCCUGGCGGUGCUGGUGGGCACCUGCUGCCUGCCCUCUGCUGCCGAGAUGCAGGUGGCCGCCGAGGGGCAGCUGCGGCAGCAUCUAGGGGCCGGGGGGGCCCCCAAGCACUUCCACCGGCUGGGAGAGCUGCAGUGGGGUUACUGCCAGGAGCUGGCACGGCUGGGUGGGUUCGAGCCCCUGCUCCCGGUGGUCAGGAAGAUCUACGAGUCCACGCGGGAGAGCCGCAGGCAGGACGUCUCCAGCUACCGGAGCCUCAACUACAGGGUGUUGAGUGCUGAGGAGUGGGAGCUGGUGGGGGCAGACCCCGGGGGGACCCCAGGCAAGGGGAUGUAAUGGUCCCUUUCUACACUUGCUUUGCACAAAGGGGACAGGCCAGAGGGGCUGGGGGCAAUGGAGACGGAGCUCCCGCCCGUGCCUGGCUCCCGGUCUUAGGCGGAGGGUUAGCCGGUGGGUCGUUGUCUGACCCAGCCAGUGCAGCCGGAGCCCCUUCACCAUCGCUGCCUCCAGCCCUGCAUCCUCUGCUCACCCUGGAGGCUGGGGACUUGGCCAGCCUUCCCGCCACAUCCGAGCAGGGAUAAAAUCCCCUGGCGCAUUGGGGCCGGUGGGGAAUCGGCGCCAUUAGCACGAAGAGCCGAAACCUUGGUCCUGGGCGGUUUGAUAGUAAAGAAAUGAGCAAAUAAAGGGUAAAACCUGAA